AGGGCCGAGGGCGCGGUAGGCCCGGGGAGGAGGCGGAGGCGGGGGCGCGGGGCAUCGCCCGCCUCCCCGGGACCCGCCCCGGUGACAGGUCCGGCCUCUGAGUCCCCGCCGCGCCUCUGUCCACAGGCAGUCGCGGGGGACUAGGGCGCCCGUGCGCCCGCUCGCGCCGCGCCUCGGGCCGCCUGGGCCGCCGCAGCCGCGUCCAUGACCGCGACCCCCGGGCCAGGGACUCCCGCCGCCGCCGCCGCCGCCGCCGCCGGCCCUCGGCCCUGUCGCCGCUCGCCGCUUGCGCCCACUGAGAAAGACAGGACCGACGCCAAUGUGAGAAUGGCUGUGACCGUGGAAGAAGCUCCGUGGCUGGGCUGGAUGGUCGCGAAAGCCCUGAUGAGGUUUGCCUUCAUGGUCGCCAACAACCUGGUUGCUAUUCCAUCCUACAUCUGCUAUAUAAUUAUACUGCAGCCACUCCGAGUGCUGGACAGUAAGCGCUUCUGGUAUAUCGAAGGACUCAUGUACAAAUGGCUUUUAGGAAUGGUGGCUUCCUGGGGAUGGUAUGCUGGAUACACAGUGAUGGAAUGGGGGGAAGAUAUUAAAGCAAUUGCUAAAGAUGAAGCAGUGAUGUUGGUGAACCACCAGGCAACUGGAGAUGUGUGUACACUGAUGAUGUGCCUGCAGGACAAAGGACCGGUUGUUGCUCAGAUGAUGUGGCUGAUGGAUCAUAUUUUCAAGUAUACAAACUUUGGAAUUGUUUCCCUUAUUCAUGGAGACUUCUUUAUAAGACAGGGAAGAGCCUAUCGUGACCAACAGCUGCUGGUUCUCAAGAAGCACCUUGAACAUAAUUACAGGAGCAGAGAUCGAAAAUGGAUUGUUUUGUUUCCUGAAGGGGGCUUCCUCAGGAAGAGGAGAGAAACAAGCCAGGCAUUUGCCAAGAAAAAUAACUUGCCAUUUCUUACACAUGUCACUUUGCCAAGGUUUGGGGCAACAAACAUUAUUCUGAAGGCACUUGUAGCACGGCAGGAAAAUGGAAGCCCAGCGGGAGGAGACGCCAGAGGCUUAGAAUGCAAAUCAAGAGGCCUCCAGUGGAUAAUAGACACAACCAUAGCUUAUCCCAAAGCUGAACCAAUAGACAUUCAGACCUGGAUCCUGGGGUACAGGAAACCGACAGUCACUCAUGUCCACUACAGGAUUUUCCCAAUUGCAGAUGUGCCCUUGGAAACUGAAGACCUCACCAACUGGCUCUACCAGCGCUUUAUUGAAAAGGAGGACCUCCUGUCCCAUUUUUAUAAGACAGGAGCCUUUCCUCCUCCCCAGGGCCAGAAGGAAGCUGUUUCCAGAGCAAUGACCCUCAGCAACGUGUGGAUACUCCUCAUUCAGUCCUUCGCGUUUUUGUCAGGCUACCUGUGGUACCACGUCAUUCAGUAUUUUUACCAUUGUCUAUUUUAGGAACUGACUUGGACUUGCUACAUAGGAGUUCAGACUUCUUCAUACAUGUGCAUUAUUUUACAUGUGCAAAUCAAAUAUACAAAUCAAAAUAUAUAAAAAGAAAAGGAAAUUCAAUGGAUGGAUUAAUGUUUAUCCCCCUUUGGGAUAUUUUAAAACUCUACUACAAUGAGGAUCGUAAUACAAUGAUGUGCUAAGGUAUUUUAAGAACUUCUGUGUUUUAAAGAGAUACACUCUACCAUACAUUUACUCAAGCAUCACACUGGGAGAAGAGGAAAUCAUAAAAUCAUCUUAGAAGACUCCGAAAGGAACUAUCGCCACCAGAUGCACUUAGUCGUCCCCUGUGACUCACUUGUGACCUUUAGUUCAGGUUCAGAAGCUAUGCUCCUCUUUCCUAGGACAGAGCGCCACAACAUUACUGUGUCUACCCUUCAUGCUGAGGUACUGGUAGCCUGGAGAGCUGGUGGGCACAUCCUGAGGAGUGGUCUCACCAUCUGGCAACCCUGGCUAAGGUGCAGUAUGGGCGUUCCCUGAGGAGCAGUGUGCACACCCACCUGACCUCGCAGACCCUUGGAAGGCCAGCUCAGCCCAGUACCGUGUUUACAUGUGCUAGUGCUCUCUCCCUUCAGGAGGAGGGAGCACCCACUUUCUCUCUUUGUAUAGAAGGCAUAUCAUAGAAUAAUAAUUGUAUUUUACAAAAUGCACUUUUAUCAGAUGCAAAUAUAGCAAAGGAUAGUGACCUAGCCUGAAGCAAAGGGAAGCCUCAUCCGUGAGCAGGCUCCCAGGAGGCUUUCCUGUCUGUGCUUGCCCAUGAUGCUCUAGCACCAUCUUCAUUGGCCACCUCCCUGACCCCAACCCCUGCUGGUAGCUGGAUCCCCUCCCCCAACUUUGAUAUUUUAGCACCAAAUGUAUUUGGGGGCGGUUAAAGCAAAUCAUCACAAAACAUUUAAACGACCAGUUUCAGGGAACUAGAGUAGCUUUUAGGAAAUAAGAGGUAGAACCAGACCUUGGCUUGCAAUAGUGACAAGGCCUCUUGUGGACCCCAGGGUCUGUAUGUUCUCUCAUUACGUCAAGCAGCUGCCUCUCUCAGGGUGGCAGGACCAGGAGACAGCAGUUCAAAAACUCUUCCCAGUCUCUUCCAGUUGUCUUCUAAGAGGGCAAAGUCAAGCAAGUUUCUGUUCAUUGUAGAAAACUUCUUAAAGAUUUGUUAUUUUGUUCGUGUGAUUUACCUCACAGGAGAACCAGACUUUACAAAAAUGCAGGCUCUGUGUCAGUGUUGAGACAAAGGGUAGGUUUGGUUUAGAACAGUCAAACUCCUAAACUUGAAAGUCAGUAAAGUAAGUCAGCAGUUGUUUUCUGUGGCAUGGGCACUGCAGAUUCCCCUCUUGUUACUAACAACACAAACAACAGUUCUGAGAAACAGGUUGUAAAACAAAAGUAAAGACUAAUGUUUUCUGUUUUCAAAUAAACCAAAAAGAGUAAAAGGAGAGAUGCGAAUUUUCCCCAGUUGUGCAGGAACCAAAUAAACACCAAAUAAAAGCCCCUCACAGCUUCAUCUUUAGCAAACCCCAAGCAUGUACAGAAGAGAAUGAUGUUACCUGAAAUACCUCACUGGUUCCACACUGC